UGAAAAUAAACUAGAACUCGUAUCGUGUACGUGCAGUAAAAUGGCUGAAGCCAGUGUUACAGAAGAACAGUUUGUCUGUCCAGUGUGUCUGGAUCUCCUGAAGGAUCCAGUAACAAUUCCAUGUGGACACAGUUACUGUAUGAGCUGUAUUACAAAAUUCUGGGAUCAGAAGACCGUCUACAGCUGCCCUCAGUGCAGACAGACCUACAAGCCAAGACCAGUUUUAGGUAAAAACACAAUGCUGGCUGAAGUGGUGGAGCAACUGAAGAAGACAAGACUCCAAACUGAUGUUCCUGCUGCAAGUUUCAUUACACCUGGAGACGUUAAGUGUGACAUUUGUACUGGAAGGAAAUCAAAAGCCGUCAAGUCCUGUCUGGUGUGUCUGGAAUCGUACUGCCUAACUCAUUUUGAGCAUCAUGAGGAAUUUCACUCAGGAAAGCGACACAAAGUGACUGACGCCGUUGGUCAUCUGCAGCAGAUGAUGUGCCGUGAGCAUAAUAAGAUUCUGGAGGUUUUUUGUAACACUGAUCAGCAGUACAUUUGCGUGCUUUGUGUAAUGGAUGAACAUAGAAACCAUCACACUGUAUCAGCUGUUUCGAAGAUGGCAGAGAAUGAGAGUCGUUUAAAGGAGAAACAGAGAGUAAUCAAGGAUAGAACUGAGCAGAAACAGAAAGCCAUUCAGCAGCUGAGAGAAGCUAUUAAGUCUCAUAAGCGCUCUACACAGGCAGCAGUAGAAGACUGUACGAGGACCUUCGCAGAACUGAUUCGCUUCAUUGAAAGAAGUUGCUCAGAGUUGACAGAGCAGAUCCGAGAUCAAGAAAGGGCUGCAGUGAGUCGAGCUGAAGGACUUAUGGAGCGACUGAAGCAAGAGAUUGAUCAUCUGAAGAGGACAAACACUGAAUUGGAGCAGCUUUCACACACAGACUGCAAUCAUAUCCGUUUUCUUCAGAGUCUGAAGUCUCUCUCAGCUCUUCCUGACUUUACAGAAAAGCUCACUUUCGAUUUCUUCUUUUCCUUCAAUGGUGUGAGAAAAUCUGUCUUUCAUCUGAAACAGAAAAUGGAGGCUUUCUGCAAAGAGGAAAUUAAAAAAAUAUCUGUCACACACAGCAACAUUAUUCCCAAGACCAGAGAGGAAUUUCUUCUAUAUUCACAUCAACUGACUCUGGAUCCAAACACCGCACAUAAGAAUCUCUGUCUGUCUGAAGAGAACAGAACGGUGACUUACACAGGCACACCACAGCCACAUCCUGAUCAUCCAGACAGAUUUGAUAAAUGUUUUCAAGUGUUGGGUAAAGAGAGUGUGUGUGGACGCUGUUACUGGGAGGUUGAGUGGAGUAAUAGUGUGCAAAUAUCAGUGUCAUAUAAGAGCAUCAGCAGGAAGGGACAUAGCAAGGAGAAUAGAUUUGGAUGUAACAAUCAGUCAUGGAGUUUAUUCUGCUCUCCAUUAAAUUUCUUAUUCUGGCACAACAGUGAAGGGAUUGAACUUCCCGUACCAUCCAGUUCCUGUAGAAUCGGAGUGUUUGUGGAUCACAGUGCAGGAACUCUGACCUUCUACAGCAUUUCUGACACAGUGAGGCACAUCUACAGAGUCAGGACCACAUUCACUCAGCCUCUCUAUAUUGGGUUUGUGGUUGGUUAUGAAUCGUCAGUAAAGCUUUGCUAACAUUUUGAUAUGAUUGAUGACAUAAUGUGAUAAAAAUGAUGUGAUGUUUAUAAUCAUUAAAAAUAAAAUCAUUCCAUUGUAAUUUACUAUUAUAGUUAUUCAAUUUAAAUGCAGUUUUAAU